AUGAUGGAAGAGACAUUUUUGUUAGACAACUAUGAGACUUAGAGAAUUUAAGAGAAGUUGAGAAAGAGAAACGAACCAUCUUCAGUGCUGAAGUAAGCUUCUUAUGCAGGGAAUUAGGUUUGGAUGUCUUGCUGGUACAGUCGAAUCCUGCUUGAGCUAGUGUUGGAAUGGGUCUAACUUCAUAGAGGCAAACUGAAGAGGGCUAUCCUGGGAUCGCCUUAGGGACUGCUCUUACAAGCCUCAUUCAAAGGUCAUGUGAGGAAAAACAUUCUAGAAUUGGGAUAAUUCCAAACAACUACAAUGAGAAUGAACUGA